AUGGGGUCUGCGGGGCGGCGGCGACGGAGGCAGGCGCAGGCGGCAGCAGCUCGAAGGGCAUACACAGUGCACACGGAGUUCGCGGAUGGGAGGGCAAGCUGCUCGGCGGCCUCGGAUGCGGCCCUUUGCUCGCCUCACCGUGGAGAUGCGCCAAGUUCCGCCGAGUCGCGAACGCGGGAAUCCCAUGACGCUUCGCAGACCAAGCCGCAGGGCGUCGAGGCCAAGCCGCCUGCCUACAGUGUGACACGCGAGCAGGUUUUCCAGCUCAGCCGGGAGCCCCAUGAGGCCUUGGCUUUCUGCUCGCCCGGCAACUGGAUGCUCUCCUGCACGUCUUCCUUGGCGCUGCCUUCGGCCGCCGGCGAGCCCCUUCCGGGGGGCGACGAACGGCGGGCGCCGCCCGCGGGGGGCGGCGGCGGAGAGGGCGGAGAAACUUCCCUUCCCUGUUGUCUCGAGUUUGCGGAGGUCAUGCCCACGCACGGAGCAAGCGACUCCGUGGUGCCGGAGGCGCAGAGGGCAACUCCAGCGGCCAGUGCGGUGGAGACGCUGCGCAGAGUCGAGCCCGCUCGCGCCGCCUGCAGCCAUGAAACAGAGGCGCCGGACGAGGCGGGGGAUGGCCUAGGGGACGGCACCGAACCUCACGGGUACGCCACCCAGGGUUCGCUAGAGCUGCAGGGGCAAAACGGGAAGACAGGCGGAGUCGAGGAAGAAGCACACAGACGGCAGACGCAAAGUGAAACUGAGAGGGUGCCUCGAGGUAGCGAAAGAUGCCAGCCACUGCCCCGGUCGUUCAGGAAGAAGGCCAGCCAGAGCGAAAGAUCGCAAAGCGGGAAAGCGGGAGAGGUCGCGUGGCGACCUGUACGAAGUCAGCGACCGCCACACGCCGGGAUGCCUGCGUCAGAGCUCGAGCAAUCGACGAUCUGUUCUGCCGCUCGCAACGGGCUGUCUGCUGCGGCUUCGUUGUCUUUGCCCAGAGAGACUGAAGCAGCGGCGUGUCACACGACAGAUACGAGAGGCCUAUCUUGCUGCAGGGCUUCCGCGGAUGGCCAUGCUGCAGAGGGAAUGUCUGCUGACUCAGCCCGGCACGCGCGCGACCGCCAGCUGCCCGCCCUCUCGUCGUCGAUUUCCUCCACCGGGCCUAGGGAUCUGUCCAACUGCUCUCAACGUCGCGGCGCGGUUGCUCCCGACGCUGCAGCGCCGGCGGACGAGCCCGUCCAGGGGCCACGCACGAGCCGAGAGGCUUCAGACGGCGGUGCGGAAAACAUCGGCUCUCGCGGGUGCGGCAUGUCGGCUUGCAGAGGGGGAGUUCGUGCGCGUGAGCGAGCGAGGGACCUCGGAGACCUUGUGGCAGCCUCGCCUGGAUCUCCACAUCGUCGUAUUCCAAGUAAGAAAUGUCGAAAUCACGUGCUUAUCCCAGCGAUCGGCGUAGAGCCGGGUCGCGCGUCGUCCGAGAAGUUGCCGAGCGCACAGGCGCUCAACAAGCAGGCCCGGUGCAGUGCUUCCGUAUAG